AUGGCCUACAAGGCCGCAGAGCUGUGUCGUAGAUUCUACAGCAUUUGCGAGUACUUCGACACCGGGCUGACGCAGGGAGAGUUCAGUCGUGCUCGGCUUUUUGAUAUCAGUUUUGAAGAUAUCCGCUUGAAAUUCUUCGACUUCGGGGAUCAUCUUUUCAACAACUUUUCCCUGCCCGGUCGUGGCGGGCAACAGUAUAUUGGAACUGGACCCCGACCAUCAGUCCUCCGGAGGGACUGCCUCAUCCGUGACCGUCAUCGCUGUGUAAUAUCGCGAAGAUUCGAUCAUGCCGAGGCGUGGGAACGCCGUAAUACGCCCGGCGACGCUCGAGACGACGAGGGGAAUCUGCUGGAGAAUGACCCAGAUGACCCGGAGUUUCUGGAGGUGGCCCAUAUUCUGCCACACUCGCUCACAAAGGUCAACCAAGGUGGCGAACUAGGCCCUGAGAUUGACCGGCCACGUAACGCUAUUACGCUGACUACUCACUACCAUCGGUCAUUUGGUGAUUUCCAGGUCUACUUUGAACCUGUUCCUGAAAAGGAUCAUAUCUGUACGAUCAAGACGUUCUAUCCUAGAUACUUUGUCCAGCGAGCAGCAGUCCCUAUUAUCUGUGAGCUUUAUCUGACUCCCGAGCGAACAAUUGAGCCUCCGUCGCGUCGACUGCUAGCUAUCCAUUGGGCGACUUUGUAUCUCUUGCUAUCGAAGAUUGUUCAGCAAGAGUGUAUACAACCCCGCGUAGUUUCGAUAUCCACCAGACUGGACCUGAUGCUGCGAAAAUUGUAG